GAACUGCCAGAAUCAAGUAGUACAUUAAGUGUAUUGCCAUUAAUGGAUAUCGUUGUAGCUGCAUGAGCCAAGCUCUGAGGAAAUGCAGCUGUAAUUGCACAUAAAGAAGGUGUGUAUAUGGCAGCAGUCACACUUUUAGUAGUUGCUUUGGACUUGCAUACUCUAGAAUAAUGUCUCUUCUUGCCACAACUAUUACAAGUUGCCUCUCGAGCAGGACAUGUCUCUCUCUUAUGAAUAUUACCCCCGCAAAAGUAACAGUUCCUUUUUGAAUCAUUAUAUGCUGCGGCAAGGGCACCUUUAUCAGCAGGAAUUGUUUCCGUUUGCUCCAUAUUCAAUCCCAUUCAAAAGACUGUGCCCAGUGCUUCUACAGUGCUUCCCCAUUGCAACACUGACUGCUGUACAUUUAAAUUGCAAAUUGUAUUCUUCACAGAGGAAACAAAAAUCACUAGUUGCAUCCCCUCUCUCUCUCUCCACCUUCUAACUUGCUUUCCUUGUAUUAGUAUCCUCCCUCUAUUUUUUCCCCCUCUGCAUCUGUUCUUUUUUUCCAUUUCCUUCUCUUGUUUUAUUUUCUUGUUAAACUUGUCCCCCCCCCCUACCCGUUUCCAUUUCAUUUCCCCUGGUCUCCGCUCGGCAAAGGCGGUGCCGUAGCCAUGGCCGGGCCGCCUCAGCCCGCUUGCCUCUGGGGGAACCUCGCUUCCUUCGCCGCCGACAUGAGGAAAAUGAUCAACGCGCCCGAGCUCAGUGAUGUAAAAUUCAUUGUGGGAAAGGAGAAGAGAGUGGUAUAUGCUCACCGCUGCAUCUUAGCCUAUCGCUGUGAGGCAUUUAAUGCCAUGUUCGCCCAACAACCUCUGUCAUGUGAUGCAAAAGGCGUUGACAUACCAUUUGUUCUUUCAGAUGUGCAGCCAGAUAUCUUUCUGGCUGUGAUUGAGUUUCUGUACACAAACGGUGUGAUGCUGAGCAGCAAAAUGGCUCUGGAUGUGUUGACAUCUGCAGUGGAAUAUGGGCUGGAUGAUCUUCAGAAGCUGUGCGUGGAUUAUAUCAGCAGCACACUUACAGUUGAAUCUGCCUGUGAAGCAUUACAAGCAGCAGUGACAUACAGACAGACCGACAUGAAAGACAAAUGUUUGGCUUUCAUCCAGAGCCACACUAAAAGUAUUGUGAAGACCCAAGGCUUUCAUGAACUUUCUGACCCUGCCUUGCUUGUUAUUCUGCAAAGUGACUUGCUCACCAUCGAUGAGCCCGAUUUAAUUAACUUUGUCAGAGAAUGGGCGCACGUUAACUCAGUAGUUCUUGACAAAUCAAUACCAGAAAUAGCAAAGGAAGUUGUUCGUGAAUUACGCCUUUUUCUCUUGACCCCUGAUGAACUGACAACCCUGGAAGCUGAAAACAAGAAAGAUAACUUGAUUCCCGUGGACAAGAUUGCCGAAGUGUGGAAAUUUCAUGCAUUGAAAAAGCCAAGUGGAAUCGCGGUUCAUCUGCUUCGGAGACGGAAGGGAAGUCGACCCCGAGACCAUCACAAGUACUUCAACCUUUGCCACAAAUAAACGUAAAAACCACAAAUACUUGGAAUAUGUACUUUUGACUGCGUGAAGGUGAUUCAUCGGCAAGUGUCAAUAUCAUAUUGAACCAAACCGAAGCAGCAUAUAGUUAUUACACAAGGUUAUAUGAACCACACCACUCUUUUUGGACCAUUUUGUUAUUUUUGUGUUUUACAUGAAGCAAGGUUUAUACGCUGCAAUCAAAGGAAAGCUGGACGUAUAUAAUAUCACAGAGAGUGUACAUGAACAUUGGGAUAUUAUUGAUUCAUCUCAAGUGCCAUUCAAUUGUUUUAGGAUUCUAAAUAAGAUUUUGUCAUGGCCAUUUGAACUGGUACACUGAAGCCAUGCUCUCGAAAUUGCAGACAGUGGUUUAGUCAUGGUGUAACGUGGUAAUGACUAUCAUUGUUUUUUGUUUUUAAUAUUUUUGUGUGCUUCCUGUUGAUAUGACGCUAAUCCUUUUACUGGAAGGAAUACUGGUAUUGAGGAUUUAAGGAAAAUGUAAAUAUGUAUUUUUAUAUCACUAAUUAAGUCUUUUGACAAAGUCCCUCAUGGUGGCUGAUCCAGAAGAUUAAGAUGCAUGAGAUCCACGGUGACUUGGUAGUUUUGAUUUUGAACUGGCUUACACACGCACCUUGUACAAGAAUGUUGGUAGGUUGGUUACUAAGUUUGUAGAUGAGACAAAAUUUGGUGCAGAUGCAGAUAUGAAGAAAUGAUGUAGCAGUAUAGCAGGAUAUAGAUCAGUUACAGAUAUAGGUGAAAUGGCAGAUGCAGUUUAAUCUGGGCAAGUGUGAAGUAGUGCACUUUUGGAGGUCAAAUGUAAGGGAAAAGUAUACUGUUGAUGGCAGGACCCUUAGCAACAUUGAUGUAAGAUCAAGAGAUCCUAGUGUCUAGGCCCAUAACUCCCUGAAAGGAGCAACACAAGUUGUCAGAGUGGUAAUGAAAGUGUGUGGAAUGCUUGAUCGGGGCAUUGAGUAUAAGAGUCAGGAAGUCAUGUUGCAAUUUUAUAAAACAUUGGUGAGACCAUGUUUGGAGUAUUGUGUGCAGUUCUGACAGAAGAAAGGUCUUGACCUGACACAUCACCCAUUCCUUCUAUCCAGAGAUGCUGCCUGUCCCACAGAGUUACUCCAGCAUUUUGUGUCUAAAACAAGACUGUGGUGGCUGUGGAGAGGGUGCCGAAGAGGUUUACCAGGAUACUGUCUGGAUCAGAGUUAUUAGCUGCUUGGAGAGGUUAUACAACUUGCAUUGUUUUUGCUGGAGUGUCUUAAGACUGAGGGAGACCUGAUAGAUGUUUAUAAAAUCAUGAGAGGCAUUCUCAGAGCAGAAAUGUCAAGGAGAAAUAGUUUUAAGUUGAUAUGGGCAGGGCAACCUUUUUGUACAGACAUUUGUGGGGUAUCUUGAACCUGUUGCCAGAUGUGGUGAUGGAAGCAGAUAUAAUAAAGGCAUUCAAUAGAUCUUUAGACAAGCACAUGGAUAUACAGGGAAUGGAGGGAUAUGGAUCUCAAGCAGGCAGAAGGGAUGAGUUUAUUUUGUCAUCAUGUUUGGCACGGGCAUCGACCAAAGGUCUGUUCCUGUGUUCUACGUUGUUUAAAAGUCUGAUGACAUUCCAAGACAUUUCUUAGCCAAUUAAUUCGAUUUUUAAUGGAAGUGUUCUCACUGCAUUGGCAAAGCUGAUGAAAAUGAAGGUAGGAGCCAAUAGUAAAGUAUUGUAAUUCCAGUUUCUCGAGAAGUAUAAUUUUCAGGCCAGAAGCAGCAGAAUAAGAAAAAUGAUGCAUUCAGGUAUGUGGAAAUUUAUAGCCAAGUCCUUGUCAUGGUAUUUUACAUAAUAAUUAUUUGUCUUGUUCUGGCUUUACCUGAACUGGUAAUUGUAUUCAACCUCACAGUGAUGUAAACAGUCAGGUUCUCAAGUUGGGUCACAUAUUCAGUAUUAUUAUAGCUUAAAAAUAAUCCAGCAAGAGUCACACCAUUCAAGAGAUUUAAAUGUGGCACAAAUCUACUGAGCAGGUAGCAGCUUGCACGGAGGAAGCAGCACCAGGCAUGGCCAGUUUUAAUGACCAGACCUAGGCUAUGUGUUCCUGCCCGCUGUCUGUUCAGCUCACUGGGUGGAAAGUAACCAGGUUCCCAGCUGAAGAUUAACAUUAAUGUACUUUGUAUUGGACAAAAGAGGGCAAAGGGCUGAUAACAGUCUCUGGCUUGACUCAAACAAUAUUGCUACAUUUUCAUACCCUCAGUUCAGUUCAGUUUAGUUUAUUGUAACAUGUGCCGAGGUACGGUGAAAAGCUUUGGUUGCGUGCAACCAGUCAGCAAAAAGACAAUACAUUAUUACAAUCGAUCCGUUUACAGGGUAUAGUAACCUCUCUCACUCUUCAGCUCAGUUCAGCUCAUGGUCGUUUGAUAAUUAACUUGGGACAUAUUCCUAUAGAUCACAAUUUACAUAGAUUAUGGAACCAGAAUAUUCAACCUUCUGCACAUCUCUGUUUUCAGAAAGAAUAUCUUUCAACUUUUAUUUGCAGGUUUUCUGUUCUCAGUUCUUUUCCAUCUGUUUACUUUGUUUCUGAAGGUUUCAGAAACACUUUGGCACUGUUUAUACUGUAUGGGAGACUUGAACUCUUAUAAGUCUUGGAUGGAGUGGAUGUGGAGAGGAUGUUUCCACUAUUGGGAGAGUCUAGGACUAGAAGUCAUAGCCUCAGAAUUUAAGGACAAUUUUUUAGGAAGGAGAUGAGGAGGAAUUUCUUUAGUCAGAGUGUGAGAAUCUCGAUUUUUUUUUGCCACAGAAGGCUGUGGAGGCAGUCAGUGCAUAUAUUUAAGGCAGAGAUGGAUAGAUUCUUGAUUAGUACUAGUGUCACAGAUUAUGGGGAGAAGGCAUGAGAAUGGGGUUAGGAGGGAGAGAUAGAUCAGCCAUGAUUGAAUGGCGGAGUAGACUUGAUCGGCAGAAUGGCUUAAUUCUGCUCCUAUCCCUUAUGAUCUUAUGAAAAUAGUUUGUUAUUUAUAAAAAAUGUAAAGGCAGAUAUUUCACUGUGUAUUAUAUUUUGUAGUGUGCACUAUAUAUUUUUGUGAAUAUUGUACUCGGGUUACAAAGUAAAUUAUACUUUUACCUC